CCUCCUACAUCCCGAUUGGUUAGGGUUUCUUAUAGUUUGGGGAUUUUUGCAGCACCGCACACCUCCAGCGUUGAAAGCAGAGUCCGGGAACGUAAGAGCUGAGUUGUUCUGUCUGCGGUUCGAGGCGGAGAUGUUUCGCUCUCAGGUGCUUCUCGUGGCUCUGGGUUUGUCUGUGCUGCUGGUGCGGGUGAGCACGGCUCCAUACAGCGACAUGCUGACAGAAACACUGAGAGCAGACCUCACAAAUGACAAGGAUCUGACUCACUGGCUCUUGCUGAAGUUCAUGGCUGAACUGAUGGCGGCGAGAGGAGACGAGACGCGGCGAGGCAGGGAGGAGGUGACGAGGCGACACCUCUCUCUGUCCCAACGAGAGCGCAAAGCAGGCUGCCGCAACUUCUUCUGGAAGACUUUCACCUCCUGUUAACAGCAGGAGCAUCUUUUGUUUUUACGGAUCAGCCGACGCAUGUUUGCUUUCUUUGUGGUAACCGGAUUAUUUACCGUAAGAUAACAAAUGUGCAGAUACUUUAAAAGUUUAAAAGACUAAUAAAAUUAUAUGUUUCAAGACCGGCAGGUACACACUUCUGAAAUAAAUUUUCUGAUUUUAAA